AUGAAGAGAAUCUUCGAUGGGCUCGGUAGAUGUGCAACUGUAGAGAUCUCUGCGGCCAUUGGAGAUGUGCUAGCCUAUCUGAACAGACAGCUCUCACUCCGACGUUCGGACUUCAUUGACGAGGACAUCCAAGAGAAGAUCAGGGAUGCAGUGCCCAAAGCUGCUGGUGGAAGCUUCGCCUUCGCAGUAUCUCACACAGAUACAAUUACGAAUCAGCCUUCGAGAGAAAAGGUUGAGGAAGCCCUGCUGAAACUAGGCAAAUGGAUAGAAGGGCCAUAG